AUGGACCUGAUUCGGAGACUUGACACGAGAAACAGAGCUGAUUAUCCGGGAUCAGGCCCAUUGAACGCUACCCAACAUCCAUUUCGCAUUCUGACUCGACAUCAUGCACUCCAUUCUGCUCGCACUACUCCUUGUUUCUGUAGUUACGCCAAAGAUACAGGGAACUUCUUGUCAAGCGCAGGGAGGGAAGUGGGUGAGCAAGCGAAACAAGCUUGGAAUGUGGCUAGUCAGAAGGCCGACGAAUUAGGCAGUUCCGCUAAAACUGCAGCCAAAGAUACUGGAGCCUUCUUGUCGGACGCAGGAAGGGAGGCAGGUGACAAAGCGAAGCAAGCGUGGGAUGUGACUGGUCAGAAAGCCGGAGAAUUAGGAAGUUCGGCUAGGGAAGCAGCAUCAAAUGCUGCCGCCCGCGGAGAAACCCUAGCCAAGGACGCAAAGGACUGGACGGCGGGAGCAGUCGAUUCGGUAAAACGCGGUGGAGAGCAAGCAGUGACUUUCGCCGAAGAAACCUUUGAUAAAGUGCGCGAUGGAGUGGAAGAAGGUGACUCA